AUGCAGAAUUUCGCUCCCGCGUCCCCAGGCCUUGAGCCCGCGCAGGGCGAGAGAGGCUAUCGACGCCGCAAGCUGGCUGCCAUCGCUGGCAAUCUCUACAGGACCGGACAGCAGGCCGUGACGGACCUCAAAGACUCGUAUGCGCAGUCCCGCACUAGAGCUCUGGACGGGGAAGGCGAAUUGCAGAACCCGCAUAUCCCAGGUGCCUUUCCGGACGUGGCGAUCACUUCAGGAGGCACGGAGCAGAUGGUUCUCUUCCCAUCGUAUGCAAAGCGCCACAUCAGAAGAGACUGGAGCCAAGUCCCGCCUACGGAACCUGCACAACCCGGUGCUCAGCAAGACGAGUAUUUCUGGCGCCAGGAAUGGGAGAAGAACGAAGAUGAAAAAGCCAUUGUCGAUGUAGACGUCCGAGGCUGGAUAUACUCACCACAAACCGGCCCGAUAACACGGCGAAACCGCAUCCUUAUCGGCUUGGCUCGACAACUCAGCGGUAUCUCGGUGCAAAAGACUGACACUACGACAUUAAACCCCGACAUGCCGUCACAGAUCAAGCCUCAGUCGCAGAUCCACGACGAAAUGGGCGAACAAGAGCGCAUUGAGCAAGAGGCGGCGCGGAUCGAAAAGAAGGGACAGCAAGAAAAGCAUGUUGCGUCUAGCGGCGGAUAUAGCGAAGCCAUGGGCGAUGCGAUUCCACGACCUGGCCUAUCUCGUCGCGGAAGUCAAACACCAGACUCGGUUCCGGGAAGCCCAAUCCUUGGACCCCGACAACAGUCAAACCUCAACGAACUCACAGAAGCCGAGAUGGCCAUUGCCAAUGCCAACUUAAUGGCUCGCAUUGCUCCCUUCAUGACCACGCCGCUCGUUGCACAGCCCAUCACCGUCUUCUUCUACAACGAGAGACAAUCGCAGUCGCGGACCGUGCUCACGAAUGACGCCGGCCACUUUAACGUACGCGCUGCUCUCGAGUUUGAGCCAACUCAUGUCCGCGUUCUCGCCAACGAGAGCUUGUCGACCGGUGCAGAAGUCAACAUGAUUGCCUCGCAAGGCGUUAGUCUCAUCAGUGACAUCGACGACACCAUUAAGCGGUCCAACAUCUCGAGCGGUGCGCGUGAAAUCUUCCGCAACACAUUUAUCCGUGAACUUGGCGACCUCACCAUUGACGGCGUGCAAGAAUGGUACAGCGAGCUUCAACAACUCGGCGUCCGCUUCCACUACUGCUCCAACAGCCCCUGGCAGCUGUUCCCUGUCCUCGCCAGUUUCUUCAAGCUGAACGGCCUCCCCGCCGGAUCUCUCCACUUGAAACAAUACUCAGGCAUGCUACAGGGCAUCUUUGAGCCUGUGGCUGAACGCAAAAAGGGAACACUCAACCGACUGCUGCAGGAUUUCCCAGAGCGCAAGUUCCUGCUUGUAGGCGACAGUGGCGAGGCGGAUCUUGAAGUAUACACAGAUCUUGCACUCGCAAACCCAGGCCGCGUGCUUGCCAUCUUCAUUCGUGAUGUCACUACGCCCGAAAAGCCAGGAUACUUUGACUCAGCCUACGAAGUCUCGCGGAAGAAGCCGUCUAGCUUCUCUCUCGAGGAUAGCAGGGUCCAUAUCGAGCCACCCUCACGACAAAACUCUGCGCCCAUCACAACGCCGCAAAUGAAGCCUCAGCCAGGUCCACUAAUGGGCACGCUCAUCGACUUUUCCGAGGAACCAGAAGAGGUCAACCUCGACAGCUCCGCUGCUCUUGCGCAAGUCAAGAGCUCCGCUAAACCCAUUAGUGCUUCUGACCUCCUUCGCGGCCGCAAAGCACCGCCUCCACGCCCAGCCAAGCCGGCUGCCCUACGAAGCGGCCCUUCUGCGACUGGUCCCCUAGCAAACCUGACGCUCAAGACAACCAACAUCAGCAACUCAGAACCAGCCAGCGGCCCAGGCUCAGGAAACGCCUCAUCCGUAGCAUCGCGUGCCGCAAGCGAACUCGGAGACGCCAAAACAGCGAAAUCCUCCCCCGACUUCCCUCCGCCUCUGCCGCGCCGCCGCAUCGCGAGUCUGAAGAACUUAAGCCCCAGGCUCUUCGGCCACGGACGCAGCAACUCUGAUGUGGACUUUGAUCCUCUUGAUAUCGGCUCUACUGCUGUUCCCCCAGCCGGCAUGUCAUACUACCGGUCCGGCUCCCGCUCUGGCGCAAGCACCCCGACAGGAUCGCCUAUCCUAGGCGCUCAGGGAAUGAACCGCAGGGUUGACCUCUGGAGACGGCGCGUAGCUAGAGCACAGGAGUUGCUAGAGCAGCAGGGUGUUGUGCUCUACACUUGGAAGAAGGGACAAGACGUGUCUGCCGAAGCGGUGGGCAUUGUCAAGCAAGCGCUGGAGGACAUUAAGAAACGCUGA